UCUAUCGUUAUUUUAAUAUCCUGAAAUGGUUUUGAGGAGGGAAAUGAACCUUGACCUCAAGAAAUUGGUCUAUCACAUAAAAAAUAAUUUAAAUCACUGCUUGCUCUGAUUAAAUGAGAUUUGCAUUUAAAGUGUACUAUUCAAUGACUUUUAGUAUGCUCACGGAGUUGUGCAACUGUCGCCACAAUCAAUUUUAGAACAUUUCAUUAUAAGUAUUUGCUCUCUCUCCAAUUCAUUCACACUGCAGUCAGAUUUUUCCAGAAUGCAAAUCUUGUUUAAUCAGAGCAAGCAGUGAUUAAAUGUUUCUUAAAUUAUUUUUUGAAUUAUAUCUCAAUAAGGCUGUUUUUUUAAAAAAGUAAAUGCCAAGAACUAGUUAAGAGACUCUUAGUAGUUUAUACAAGAAAUUGUGAUAGGUGGGUUAAGGAGGUGAAAGUAGAGAUUGAAAGAAGUAGAGAGAUUCAAGAGAUAUUUAGGAGGUAAAAUUGACAGAAUUUGGUAAUAUUUUGAAUAUGAGUCAAGGAUAAUUCCUGCAUUAAUGAAUACAAUAAUAGCAUUAAUGGUGGUGCCAUUUGCUGAGAACAGGAACACUGUGACAGAGUCUGGUAAUAUGUAAAAGAAAAAAAAUUGUUAGCAAGUUGGUUUAUUCUGGGAAUUCAAGGAUAGGUUAACAUUAAAAUGUAAUUCAUUACAUUAAUAUUGUUUACAAUUUAAUACUCUUUCAUUAGAAAAAGGUUCAGCAAAAUAGAUAUAGAAAAUAACUUCCUUAUUUGGUAAAAGAUACCCACUAAAAACUUAGAUGUAUCAUCUCUUUUUUUCAGCAUGGUAGUAGAGACCUGAGCGACCUCUAUAAGAUAAAACAAAAGAUUGGAAAUGAGGGAACAAAACUGUAAAGAUUCACAGAAAUGAUAUUAACAUAAAAUUAAAAAGUUUUUAGCAAAAUAUCUGGAUAUAAGUUCAAUUUACAUUAAUCAGUUGAGUUUCUAUACUUUAGCUGUUAGAAAAUUUUAAAGUUUUAAAAUAGAGCCAUGUAUAGAUGCUAUAGACCUGCGACCUCGAGUAUCUCAGAGGCGGUGAAUAAUAGCUCUUCACAUCUGCAAUAAUAGUGGCCUCCAAUAAAGACUACAUUACAAAAAAUGGGAAAGAAACAGAAUGGAAAGAAUAAAAUGGUUGAAGAGGCAGAGCCUGUAGAAUUUGUGGUGGAAAAAUUACUGAAGCGACAUAUAGUAAAUGGGAAAGUGGAGUAUUUCCUAAAGUGGAAGGGAUUUACAGAUACUGACAAUACUUGGGAACCUGAAGAAAAUUUAGAUUGUCCAGAGUUAAUUGAAGCAUUUCUUAAUUCUCAAAGAGCUGGCAAAGAAAAAGAUGGCACAAAAAGAAAAUCUUUAUCUGACAGCGAAUCUGGUGAUAGCAAAUCAAAGCAGAAAGGAGAUGCUGCUGACAAACCAAGAGGCUUUGCCAAAGGUCUUGGUCCUAAAAGAAUACUUGGUGCCCCAGACAGCAGUGGAGAAUUAAUGUUUCUUAUGAAAUGGAGAGAUUCAGAUGAGGCAGAUUUGGUGCUGGCAAAAGGGGCAAAUAUGAAGUGUUCUCAAAUUGGAAUUGCUUUUUAUGAAGAGAGACUAACUUGGCAUUCUUGUCCAGAAGAUGAAGCUCGAUAAUUGUUUGCUUUGCUUUAUAUCUAUAUGUAUAAAAUCUGGGUCUUGGUUUUUGAUUUACUAGUUUGAAGAAAUAACUACAUUCUAAUAAAUCAAGUUUGAUACAUUUGUUUUGAAAGUAGUAUUGAGAGAGUUGUUGGAGGGUUUGUUUGCAUCAAUAGCACUGGUUACUUUGAACAAAUAAAUAAUAACUUUCUGUAGUUGCUUCCUUUAUCAGAAAAGAACAUUAGAUAUCAUGAUAUAUUACUUCCUCUGCACUAGAGAACAGCUUUUCUAAAUGCUAGGGGAAAUUUCCAUAGCCAUUAUUGAAUCAGAACUUGUGUUUAACUCAUUUCUAAGGACCAUUCUGGGUUUUUCAAAUUUGUUUUUGUGUGUAUAUACAUAAAAUGCAUAUGUAAAUGAUUUUCUUUGUUUUUAAACAUUCACAAAAACAAAAAUCACUGGUAAGCCCAUGUGUCUGCGAUGCCAUCAUUCUGAGCAACCUAAGAAUUGAAAAUUUUCCUGAAGCUAUAACAUUUCAAAUUAAAUAGUUGAUUCUUUAUUAAUUGGACAAUUUAAAUAGAUAAUUUAAAAGCAUCCAUAUCAGAAUCUGUAUCUACAUGUACAGUCAUAUAAAUGCAACAUUUCAUUUACAAAAUUCCUAAAAGGAAAAGCUUUAUCACUACCUACAAACUCCUCACCCAGAUGAGGAAACUAGACAAAUCCUGGUGUGUUCUAAUGCAGUAAACAAACAAGACUUAGUUAAAUGGACAUUAAAGAUUCCUCUAGCGAGCCAUUCCUUUACAAAAAGUUGAAAUCCUUGUGCUGUAUUCGCUAAAAGGUCAUGGUUAAUGGAUAGCUGAGGGUUGGCUCAUGGAAACCUAAUCAGAAAGGUUAGAGAUGUUGACAGUUUCAGACCUGCUGACAUAAAUGGGUGAACAAACUUUUUUUGUAAUCUAAACUGUUGGCCUGUAUGUUUUUUCCUUAUCCCACCUCAUUUCUUACAUGUAGGCUCAAUCUUUUCAGUAUUUGGGUUACUGGUUCAGCAGAAGUCAGGAAAAGCAACUUUGUAGUAAUCAUAAUAUUAUCCAAUUGUAUCUUGUUUACUUUAUUGUAAAUACUGGUGAAUACUGGUCAAUAAAUAGUUCUAUAUUCCUUUAAAAAAUGUAUAUAUAGCCAUGUAUCACUUAAGGAUGUGGUUAUGUUCUGAGUAAUGCAUCAUAAAGUGAUUUCCUCAUGUGAACAUCAUAGAGUAUACUUACACAAACCUAGAUGGUGUAGCCUACUCCACACCUAGACUGUGUGGUGUA